AUGACUACUUUUAGAUUUUGUCGUGACUGUAAUAAUAUGCUUUAUCCUAGAGAGGACAAGGAAAACAUGAGAUUGUUAUUCGAAUGUAGAACUUGUUCAUAUGUGGAAGAGGCAGGUAGUUCACUUGUUUAUAGACAUGAAUUGAUUACGAAUAUUGGUGAGACUGCAGGUGUUGUGCAAGAUAUUGGUUCUGAUCCUACACUACCGAGAUCUGAUAGGGAGUGUCCGAAAUGUCAUACUAGAGAUAAUGUAUUCUUUCAAUCGCAACAGAGAAGAAAGGACACUUCUAUGGUUCUUUUCUUUGUUUGUUUAAGUUGUUCUCAUAUUUUUACAUCAGAUCAAAAGAACAAGAGAACUCAAUUCUCAUAA